GACGCAGCCAUGGUGCGCCGAGAUCGCCUCCGCAGGAUGAGGGAGUGGUGGGUGCAGGUGGGGCUAUUGGCGGUGCCCCUGCUUGCGGCCUAUCUACACAUCCCGCCCCCCCAGCUCUCCCCUGCUCUUCACUCAUGGAAAUCAUCAGGCAAAUUUUUCACCUACAAGGGACUACGCAUCUUCUACCAAGACUCUGUGGGCGUGGUUGGAAGUCCAGAGAUAGUGGUGCUUUUACAUGGCUUUCCAACAUCCAGCUAUGAUUGGUACAAGAUUUGGGAAGGUCUGACGCUGAGGUUUCAUCGAGUGAUUGCCCUCGAUUUCUUAGGCUUUGGCUUUAGCGACAAACCGAGACCACAUCACUACUCCAUCUUUGAGCAGGCCAGCAUCGUGGAGGCGCUUUUGCGGCAUCUGGGGCUGCAGAACCGCAGGGUCAACCUCUUGUCUCAUGAUUACGGAGACAUCGUUGCUCAGGAGCUUCUCUACAGGUUCAAGCAAAAUCGAUCUGGUCGGCUUACCAUCAAGAGUCUCUGUCUGUCCAAUGGAGGAAUAUUUCCCGAGACUCACCGUCCUCUCCUCCUCCAAAAGCUUCUCAAAGAUGGAGGCUUGCUGUCACCCAUCCUCACACGACUGAUGAACUUCUUCGUGUUCUCUCGAGGCCUCACCCCCGUCUUUGGGCCAUACACCCGACCCUCUGAGAGUGAGCUGUGGGACAUGUGGGCAGGGAUACGCAACAACGACGGGAACUUGGUCAUCGACAGUCUCUUACAGUACAUCAAUCAGAGGAAGAAGUUUAGAAGACGCUGGGUGGGAGCUCUUGCCUCUGUAACUAUUCCCAUUCAUUUUAUCUACGGGCCUUUGGAUCCGGUGAACCCCUACCCGGAGUUUUUGGAGCUGUACAGGAAAACGCUGCCGCGGUCCACAGUGUCGAUUCUGGAUGACCACAUUAGCCACUACCCACAGCUAGAGGAUCCCAUGGGCUUCUUGAAUGCAUACAUGGGCUUCAUCAACUCCUUCUGAGCUGGAAAGAGUAGCUUCCCUGUACUACCUCCCCCGCUCCCUUAUCUGUUGUGUAUUCCAUUUAGAAAGAAAUGCCCCAAAGAGGUCCUGGCCACCAAACACUCUUCUC